ACGGAGUUGCCACUUUUGACGCUUCCUUCCCAGUCGCAGGCGAGUAGAAAAACCAAAAGCUACGACGAAGAUUCUCAAACCCAUUUCAAACCCCCCCUUGAAUUUGUUGUAAUCGUUUCAUAAACACUUGACAAAAUCUAUGAGAUGAACCCCCAGAUGAUUAUAGAUUGGUAGAUUUCGAAAAUUCAUUUAUAAUUCGCUUUGAUUUCUUUGAAUUUCUUUUUUAGAUUAGGUUCUGAGAAGAUGAAAUUGAGCCUGGUUUCGAGAUUAGGGUUUGGAUUGAUUCUUUUGUUAGCUCUAAAUCACUAUGUACAAUCAGCUCCGUCUUCUGGAUCGACUAAAGAAGCGUAUGUAACUCUUUUGUACGGAGAUGAAUUCGUGCUUGGAGUUCGUGUUCUUGGUAAGUCGAUUCGAGAUACCAGAACCGCAAGAGACAUGGUCGUUUUGGUAUCUGAUGGCGUUUCAAACUACGCCAAGAAGCUCCUCAAGGCUGAUGGCUGGAUUGUGACACCAAUCAGUCUAUUGGAGAACCCUAAUCAAGUGCGACCAACAAGGUUUUGGGGUGUGUACACAAAGCUGAAGAUAUUCAACAUGACUGAUUACAAGAAAGUGGUGUACCUUGAUGCUGAUACAAUUGUGGUUAAGAACAUCGAUGAUUUAUUCAAAUGUGGAAAAUUCUGUGCCAACUUAAAGCAUUCUGAGAGGCUCAACUCAGGGGUUAUGGUAGUGGAGCCAUCUGAAGAGCUUUUCAAAGACAUGGUGAGCAAAGUGACAACGUUGUAUUCUUAUACUGGAGGUGACCAGGGUUUCCUUAACACCUAUUAUGCUGGAUUUGCAAGCGCACGUGUCUUUGACCCUGAAAUUUCUCCCGAAAUCUUAAACUCUAAACCAGUUCCAGAGAUGGAGAGACUGUCUACUCUCUAUAAUGCAGAUGUCGGACUUUACAUGCUUGCUAACAAGUGGAUGGUAGAUGAGAAAGAACUUCGUGUUAUUCACUAUACGCUUGGCCCUCUUAAACCUUGGGAUUGGUGGACGUCUUGGCUUCUGAAACCUGUGGACGUGUGGCAGAAUGUUAGAGAUCAGCUAGACGAAACUCUUCCAGGAACUGGAGGUGGUGGAAAUCCUCACGAUGAUUUUCUAGUCAAAUUUCUGUUCCUGCUUCCCGUGUUCACGUUACUUUUCUGUUACUAUCGGUCUUUUCUUCAGACACGUUCUCUAUGUGAUCAUGCCCGACACAUAUACUACAAAUUUAGAUCAGGAGGUUCUCUUUCUUAUUCUGCAGUAUCUUCCUCUACCAUCAAUUCUAGUCAACAGUUUGCAAACGGUGGACAUGCCAAGGUGCCGGCUUUUCUUGGUGGGGUCUCUAUUUUCUUCUGUUUCAUGGCUGCGGUGGUUGCCCUUGGACUCGGUGUUUCAGUUGUGCCUCGGCAAGUAAAGCCAUGGACCGGCUUGCUCCUGAUGUACGAGUGGACUUUCACAGUUUUCUUUCUGCUUUUCGGAGGUUAUCUACAUCUAAUAUACAAAUGGGGGAAAAUGGUAGCAAAUCAAGCAGGAUCCUCUCGUCCUGGAUCUUUAGAUUAUGAUUCUGAAAAAGGUCAUCAACGACAAGUGUCUUGUGAUGCAGCAACAUGGUAUUACGGGUUAGGAAUGGCGUUUUUGGCCAUCGCUACCCCUUCAAUACCUUGUAUUUUCGGUAUUACGGCUUUGUUUUCAAGGUUAGGUUUGAUGGUUGCGGGAGGUCUAAUAUUUGCGGCUUUCACGACAUAUGCAUCCGAGCACCUAGCCGUUAGGUCGUUUGUACGAGGGCUUGAAGAUAGGGACACAUCAAGGACAAGAAAUUCAUGUUUCUUGUGCUAACGGUAUUUUAAAUUAAAGUGUAAGUUAUUUACAAUUGUUAUAGAUUGUCAUUUGUGUAAUUUAGUGUCACGCACGAGUUGUACCCCGUUGUAUUACAUCGUUCGAUACCCAAGGAAUUCUGCUUGCGGAAGUUUAAUGUAGAUCUACUUGAAGAAGUUUAUCAUUCGUAUAUUCUAUUGAGGAUACUCUUCUCUUUGAAGAGUUGGAGGUUUUGUGA